AUGGAAGGGGAGGACGGCAUGUUCUCACGCACCAUUGCUGACCUGGCGGGUUGCGAACCCGGGCCACGCGCGCAGGCUGAGCGCGUGCCGCAGGGGCGGCGUCCGGGCCGUAGUUCAAGCGACUCGGGGGGCGUCACCGCCCCCGCCUCUCCACCGCCCCGCACGACCCGCUCCGCUUCCCCUGGCUGCGGCGUGACUCUCGCCGUCAGUGAUAAUAGAGGCCUUGAAAAAAACAAAAACAGAAUAGACCGCACUAGCAGAGAACUACCUAUAGGGCUGGAAGAACAUUCGGAAAGAGAAAGUGCAGAAAGAGAAGAAGUAGAAAGAGCAGAGCGAGAGGGAGGUGGUGGCCAGGGCAAUCGGAUUCCACCGGCCUCAUCGAUUGAGCCGGAGAUACCGGGGCGUUCUGAGACUAAUCGUACUCCUUUUGAUUUUUCUGAAGGUGUAUCUGAAUUGGUGUCAGCAACAGGGCUAGCAAUUAGUCCAGCCCUGCACCUAGUCAUCAGUGACAUCAACUACUCAGCUAAUGGUGAAGUGACUAUUCCAACAAUCCUCUUCCACGGAAGACGAAAUAGACAUCCAACUACAGGCAGCCAUGAACCAGCAAAGCUGCGACUCCGGUAUUGGAGUGGCCUCCAUCCAAUCAACCGUAGAGGACACAGCCAUCCCAAUAGCAGCAAAAAACAGCAAUCAUCGAAAAAGGUCGUAUUGUUGAUUUGGUUAUGGUGUUGUGUUUUUCUUCGACACUUUUCUUAUUAA